CCAAAAGGCUUCUCGAACAAUGUGGCCCCCUCAAGCGAGGCCCCCAUCGACACACCCGCCAGAGCUAGGAUCCGCCGAACCCUGUCCAUAUCCUCUUUCUCGCAACCCUCCCAUGCUCUUACGCAGUCCGAGACUGUUGAUCCAGAUCCACAGCGUUAGCCUCGCCCUUGGAUAACUUUCUUCUGGCUCACGCGUGCUCUUGCAAGGCUUCCUAAUUGGCCUCGAUAACGCCUACGUCGUUUCUGUCAAGCUAUAGGGCGAGUUGGUGCAUGGUAGUGUCCAUUUGGAAAAAGUUCGCCUUGGCUCCACUGCAUCGGUUUGCCCAGGAUGAAUGGAACCCAUGUCUAUGGCCAACAAAGUAUAUGUAUCACACGCUUGCCGGCUUGGAAGCUGCGUCCGUCCUUCUUCGCACGACUCUUCAAUCAAACAAGCGUUCUUGUCCAAGCCUUGCCUUUGCUUGGAAUUUCUUGGCUUUGUCUUUAGAGGAUACUGUGUAUCUCAUCCUAUACCAUGGCUCAGAAGACUGAGGGCGGCAACGCCGCCUUCCACAACUUCCACAAUGACUUCGCCCACAUCCAGGACCCCAAUGAGCGACGAAGACUCGCCCUUGCCGAAAUCGACAAGGCCCCAUUCGGUUGGUAUCAUGUCAGGGCGAUCGUCGUCGCCGGUAUUGGUUUCUUCACCGACGCAUACGACAUCUUCGCCAUCAACUUGGUUACCGCCAUGUUGGGUGUUGUCUAUUGGCAAGACGCGGCCAACCCCAAGAACGCAGGCAAAAUCCCCUCGAACUCUGAUACUGCCAUCAAAGUUGCGACAUCGGGUGGUACGGUCCUUGGUCAGGUCGGUUUCGGCUGGCUUGCAGAUAUCGUCGGCCGAAAGAGGAUGUACGGUCUUGAGCUGAUCCUCAUCAUUUUCGCAACCUUGGCCCAAGCUCUUUCUUCCGACUCACCAUCCAUCUCCGUUGUUGGUGUCAUCAUCUUCUGGCGUGUUCUGAUGGGUAUCGGUAUCGGUGGUGAUUACCCCCUUUCCUCCAUCAUCACAUCUGAAUUUGCCACUACCAAGUGGAGAGGCGCUAUGAUGGGCUCCGUCUUCGCCAUGCAGGGUAUUGGUCAAUUCUGUGCCGCCAUCAUUGCUUUGAUCGUCUGUACCGGCUUCAAGCAGUCUCUGAUGACCGCGAAGACUGUUGCAGACUGUGACGGUGUUUGCCAACUUGCUGUCGACAAAAUGUGGCGUGUCAUCAUUGGUUUCGGUGCUGUCCCGGGUUGCAUUGCCUUGUACUUCCGUCUGACCAUCCCCGAAACCCCUCGUUACACUUUCGAUGUCGCCCGUGAUUCCGAAAAGGCUGUCGAGGAUGUCAAGGCCUACAAGAGCGGCAAGGCUGAGGGUCAUCCCGACGAGGUUAGCCGUGCCGCCGUUCUGCAAGAUUCUCGAACGCGUCUUGCGCCACCCAAGGCUUCUUGGAGUGACUUCUGGGCUCAUUACUCUCAAUGGAAGUUCGGAAAAGUGCUUCUCGGAACUGCUGGUUCCUGGUUUUUCCUCGAUGUCGCCUACUACGGUCUCGGUCUGAACAAUUCCAUCAUUCUGACUGCCAUCGGAUAUGCCAAGGGUAACAACGUCUACGAAAUCUUUUACAACACUGCAGUUGGCAACUUGAUCAUCACCUGUGCCGGCGCCAUCCCUGGCUACUGGGUUACAGUUGCUACUGUCGAUACCAUCGGUCGCAAGCCCAUUCAGUUUAUGGGUUUCACUAUUUUGACCAUUGUCUUCAUCAUCAUCGGUUUCGCUUAUCACAAGUUGGGCGAAGGUGGUCUCCUCGCCCUCUACGUUAUCGCUCAGUUCUUCUUCAACUUUGGACCUAACGCCACUACUUUCAUCGUUCCUGGAGAAUGCUUCCCUACCCGUUACCGAUCCACCUCUCACGGUCUCUCUGCUGCCUCCGGCAAGAUUGGCGCCAUUAUUGCCCAGUGUGUGUUUGGACCCCUCAAGACAAAGGGUCACGUCACCAAGGACAACCCUACACCUUGGGUGAACCACAUCAUGGAGAUCUUCGCUCUCUUCAUGCUUUGCGGUGUCUUCACCACCAUGUUGAUUCCAGAGACCAAGCGAAAGACUCUGGAAGAGCUUGCUGGUGAAGUUCCAGGUACUUCCAACUAUGACCCCGAAACUGCCGGCCAUCGCAAGGAUUCCUAUGUGCCUACAGUUGCAAAUGGAGGUCUCACCGAGGAGAGUCACGAACAAAAGUCUGCUGUCUAAGAGAUUCUUGGCUCGACAGUCCAGCUAUCUUUGGUACAUGUCUUAACGGUGUAUUCUCAAUACUUGUGGUUGAAUGUAGACUAAUUUGAUAUACUUUCGUCAUGAGGCGAC